UUGAAUGUUUUAGGAUAUUUGGCUGGUAUGUUUGUAGUUUUAGAUGAGUUUUAAACGUAAGAAAAGCUAUGAGGAUUAUUACUCCACGAAAUGCUAUUCUUUCAUCUUUCGUCACAUUCUUUUUGGGUCUUAUUUGGAUAAUUUUACAUUGCUUUAGCAACGGAAAUAGGGACUUCCAAGACCAAAUUUCCUCAUUAAAUAUACAGCACUUAAGAACAAGAGAACUGGCAUUGAAACAGAAAGAACAAGAUGUUAAUAACAUGAUAAACAUAUUGGGAAUUAAAAAUACUCUUAAAUACAAAUCUGGAAUCAUCCCAAAGAUUUAUAUUAUAACUCCAACACAUUCAAGACUUACACAAAAAGCAGAAAUAACAAGGAUGUACAAUACAUUAUUACAUAUCCCACAAAUACACUGGAUCAUCAUUGAAGAUUCUGAGAAAAAGACAAAUAUCAUAUCACGAUUUUUGAAAGAUUGUGCAAUUCCACACACACAUUUGAAUAUACGGACRAGAAAUGAGCUGAUACGUGGUGAAGGCGAGCCAAGAUGGCUMAAAAAUAGAGGUGUUGAACAAAGGAACUUAGGAAUUCAGUGGAUACGAAAUAAUUCUCCUUCAAGUGAAGAAGCUGUAGUUUAUUUUGCUGAUGAUGAUAACACAUAUGAUCUUAGGAUAUUUGAGAUGAUGAGAUACACCAAGAAAGUGUCUGUGUGGCCAGUAGGUAUUGUGGGUGCACUAGUAUGGGAAGGACCUCUUUGUAAAAAUGGUAAAGUUGUCAAGUUUCGUACAAGCUUUAAGCCUGAAAGACCUCUCCCUGUGGAUAUGGCUGGUUUUGCUAUUAAUGUGAAAAUKUUGAAAGAAAAUCCUGAGGUGGAAAUGGACGUUUAUGCAAAACGAGGAUAUGUCGAGUCAUCGAUUGUUGGUCGGAUUAUAGAUAUUGAUGAACUUGAAGCUUUAGCAGAUGACUGCACAAAGAUUCUUGUUUGGCACACACAAACUGUCACCCCAAAAAUAAAACGAGAACAGCGGACAAGAAGAAAAUAUAAAGACAUUGAGCCUAUCAUGGAAGUCUAGAAUGGUUAAGAAGUCCAUGAAUUAUUAAAGAUAUCAACCCAACAUGGAGAUCUAAAGUACACUGGAUGCCUCCAGUCACAUCUUUUGCCACUGAGAUCUAUGAUUGAGAAAUAUAUAUAAUAUAUAAUUGUAACUUUAUUUGUUUAUUUUCACUUUAUUUGUUUUUGUCUGUCUCUUUUUUAUAUUUCACCACCAGAAUUGUUUCUACUUUAUUCCCAUCACAUCAUCUGAAAUUGAAAAGGAAAUUCUUCUAACAUCACAGUCAGCACUUGUUUCCUACAAUGCAUAUCAAAUAUCGACCAAACUUAUUUAAAGAUCUAAGAUAGUAAUACCUGUUCAUAAGGAAGAUAUUGGUACUGAUUCUAUUGYAGCCUCAUCUCGCUUUUCCAAUUUUGAUACACGUCCGAUUUCUUUGGAAAUAAAUAGGAAAGAAAGGGGACUGGACAAGAGAAAAUGGUUCCCCGCCUCGUUAGUAGUCCCGCUCUCUUACUGAUCUAACAAACUGAUUUAGCGAUAUUGGAUACUGGUCACAUACCCUGCGAGCAGAGGAAUUUUCCUACGAUAAUUCCUCUGCUCGUAGGGUACUGGUCACAUCGUACACAUA